UUUUUUCUCCGGUCCGCAACCAUUCGCUUUCUUUCUUUAUUCAGUAAUGAAAAGACUCACAAAUAAGAGCGCAGUGGCAGCUGCAGCCAAAAACGAAGGGAAAAAACAGCUAGAGGAAAGUGUAUUCGAGAGAGUACCUUCGCUUUCUCCCCCCAGCAUGUGUGGGAACAACAAGGCCAGGGGGGAGGAAAACAAAACAAAACAAAGACGCAACAGCAGCCUGUGUCAACGGGGAUCUUUUGUUUAUUGGAGGUUCAUAAUCCAGUCCACAGUUCUUGCUUGCAGAUGGCGCAGACAAAGACGAAAAAGUGCCCACGCAGAUAUGCAGUUGAGCGUGAGCGCCGUGUCUUUGUUGUUGUCGAAAGGUCACAUUCAGAUAGAGAGCUGCAUCGCCAGUAUCAUCUUCCGCAGCCAUCGGGGCUCCAGUCCUGGUGUACCAUCAACUGGGCAAGCUCCUGGAAUGGCAGCGGUACCAUUAUUUCCUUUUCGCGAUUGUUCUCCUAUUGGUGAUGGUGAUAGUGGUGGUUUGCGGGACGUUCCCUGGACUGUCCAGAAACGGGCCCUAUUACGUGAACCCGUCAUGUUUCGAGUUGGCGAGAAACAAUGAGAAAAUCCACUUUUUUCUGCAUCUGUGGGAAACAACAACAGAAAGCUAAUCAUGCAGUCUGACCAACAGACCGCGACCAGAGCAGAAAACGUUCAGCUUUGGAGGACUGAACAGCAUUACGGUCAGACACAGACCAAUGACACUCCCCGCACUCAAGGAACCCGCCCUGUUCUCGGAUAGGGCAGAGCAAUGUUCGCAAAGGGCGUGACUAAAUCAAUUGGAUUGGACAACAGACACUAAAAAAGACGGAACCUUAUUGUGGGAGCCCAACCCUCAACCAACUCUACCUCGAGUCUAUGAUUCGCUACUUUCUUGUGGGGAUAGUACAUGUACACACCAAGGGAACCAGGC